GAUCAGGACGUAUAAAACCCCCUGAAGGACAUCCCUCCAUCACUCCAUCACUCCCCGGCUCCCUGCGCGCCCCCUGCGCCCGCGCUCCCGACGACCCCAGAGGCUCCAGCGCUCGCGACCUCAGCGACAGGAUGGUGCGGAUGUCCCACCUGGCGUGCGGCGCGCUCCUGCUGCUGCACGCGCUCGCCUGCGCGCUCGCUCUCCCCGUGCCCGCGCCCGCGCCCGAGAGGGGGAACGGCAACAGGUACAAAGCGGCGGCGGGAUGGCUGGAGAAAUCUCAUGUCGGGGUCCUGAAGAAAAGGGGGAGGUCAUCUCAUGUUAAGGACACACUGAUCGAUGAGUCCCAAGUAAAGGGUCACCCUGGCAGGAUGGUACUCUCUGGCAAUGGCACUCAGUCUUGGUCACGACCACGCUGUGGCGUGCCAGACUUCCCGGAUCGUGAAGGACCGCUGCGGCAGAGGCGCUUUGUGCUCUUUGGAGAGCGCUGGCCAAAGACUGACCUCACCUACAGGAUUUUGCGCUACCCGUGGCAGCAUAUGUCCCGGGACAAAGUGCGGAGCGUCCUGCAGGAGGCGCUGCGUGUUUGGAGUGACGUCACCCCGCUUACCUUCACCGAGGUCAACAGCGGCAAGGCCGACAUUGUCAUCGACUUUGCCAGGUACUGGCACGGAGACAAUCUGCCCUUUGAUGGUCCAGGAGGCAUCCUUGCUCAUGCCUUUUUUCCUCGAACACAACGUGAGGGGGACAUUCAUUUUGACUUUGAUGAGAUCUGGACCGUGGGGAACAACAUGGGCACAGACCUUCUCCAAGUCGCUGCCCAUGAGUUUGGCCAUGUUCUGGGCCUGCAGCACUCCCUGGAGCCCGGGGCCAUCAUGUCACCAUUCUACACCUUCACCUACCCGCUGGAACUGAGUGAGGAUGACAAAAGGGGUAUCCAGUACCUGUACGGUACUCGCCCACAACCCACCGUGCUGCUGCCCAUCACCACAGAGACCAAUGAGAUUGCGUUCUCUGCGGAGGGCAGGGGUAAAGCGGACAGGCCAGCCACGCACUCCUCACAGCCCAACGCAUGUUACACGGACUUCGACGCUGUGUCCAUGAUCCGUGGGGAGCUCUUCUUCUUCAGGUCCCGCUAUGUGUGGCGCAUCCGCAAUGGGCAGCUGCAGGAUGGGUACCCGGCACUAGCAUCCCGCCACUGGGCAGGUAUCCCCGAAAGUGUGGACGCCGCCUUCGAAGACAAGACUGGGAACAUUUGGUUCUUCCAAGCUGGCAGCUACUGGGUCUAUGACGCCGAACGGCAGAUCGCUGGCCCCCUCUCAGUGCGUAGCCUGGGCCUUCCUGUCACCCACAUCCAGGCUGCUGUCAUGUUGGGUGAGCACAAGGAUAGGGUCUGCUUCUUCAAACAGGACAGCUACUGGCUCUUCAGCCCACAGGACCAUCGUGUGGAGGAUACCCAACCCCGUAGCAUCCAGGAGUGGCAGGGAGUGCCCAAUGACCUUGAUGCUGCCUUCCAGGACCGCUAUGGAUAUGCCCACUUUCUCCGAGGGAGACAGUACUGGAAGUUUGACCCCGUGGAAAGGAAAGUGCUGGAAGGAUAUCCUCGCUAUAUUGGAAUGGACUUUUUUGGCUGUCGAGCACCUUAAUCGAUGCUGAAACUGUGGCGUGAACCAAGCACAUGGAGGUGCCGUCGUAAUGUUUGUCGCCAUCUGGUGCUAACACCUUACAACUGACACAGUGAAGCGUCCUGGAAAGUCCCUGUGAGGCGAUCAUGUUAAACCUUUGGUGGCCCAAGAUCCCCAGUGACCAUCUCACUUUGUUCUCAACAGCAACACUGUGAAUCGUCUUUCUGAUCUCCUGUGAUGGUAUAGAUGAUGUUCACAUUCAUAUUCAUUCCCUCCAUAUCUGUAGGAGGCCUUCAAGUAAAAUGUAUCUUCAUUAUUAAGGACAAAAUACAUUUUUUACAAUAGUAGUUAAGAAUGCACAUGAUUUAUACAAAAUUUGAAGAUUUCAAGUGAAAGUGCUUUUCUAUUGAUGUCUUCUUCUCAGGAAAAAUGAAUAUUUGACUAUGUACCUCUCAUCUUAGUGU